AAUUGCUGUUUUAUUACAGCCUUCAUUACAUCAACCCACAAAAAUCUCUUCUCUUUCGCCAUCAACCGAAAAUUCCCGCUCCUUUUCGAACAACAAAAAUUUCCCAAAAAAAAAAAAUCAAAAAGCUUCUUCAGCAAUCUUGCUUUUCACAACUCUUCUUCAUAACCCUCAUCCUCUAUUCAAUUUCAUCUCCAAUGGAAACUAACCCUAAUCACACCAAACCCUAACAAUGGAAUCCGAACGAAAACGUAGAUUCACCCGCAGAAAUCCACUCUCCGAUUGCACCAACACCACUCCAUCUUUCUCCGUUCCCGUAAAGUCAACCAGACUCAAACCUUCUCCGUUAGCGUUCAAGAAAUCUUCCACCAAAUCCACCUCUUCCACCAACGUUGCCGCGAAUCUCGAUGACGCAUCAAACCCUAGCUCCUUUGCACCGGACUUUGUUUCAACGCCUUUGCCCAAAUCCUUGUCUCGCCGUAGGAUUGUUAAUCGUGAAGCUUCUGCGCCUAUUUCUGUAGUCUACGGCCGAAGACAUUCUUCAAAUGAAAAGAAUGAUAAAGAGAAGGAAGUGGUUGUUCCUACUAGAAGCGUGCCCAUUAAAAGGAAGGAUAGAGGGAAGGAUGUGGACAUCUCUACAAGUAGCACACCCAUGGAUAAAUUGAAGGAAGCGGUUGUUCCUUCAAGUAGCGCGUCCAUUAAAAGGAAGGAUAGAGGGAAGGAAGUGGACAUUUCUACAAGUAGCACACCCGUGGAUAAAUUGAAGGAAGCGGUCAUUCCUUCAAGUAGCGCGUCCAUUAAAAGGAAGAAUCAAGGGAAGGAAGUGGACAUUUCUGCAAGUAGCACACCCGUGGAUAAAUUGAAGGAAGCGGUCAUUACUUCAAGUAGCGCCUCCAUUAAAAGGAGGGAUAAAGGGAAGGAAGUGGACAUUUCCGCAAGUAGCACACCCAUGGAUAAAUGGCAGGAAGCUAUCAUUCUUUCAAGUAGCGAGACCAUUAAAAGGUGGCAUAAGGGGAAGGAUGUGGACAUUCCUUCUAGUAGCGGGUCCAUGGAUAAAUGGAAUGAGGUUAUUCAUGCAAGUAGCACACCCAUUAAAAGGAAGGAUAAAGGGAAGGAAGUGGAGAUUCCUUCAAGUAGCACAUCCAUGGAUAAACGGAAGGAAGUGGUUAUUCCUGCAAGUAGCACGUCCGUGGAUAAACGGAAGGAAGUGGUCAUUCUUGCAAGUAGCAUGUCCGUGGGUAAACGGAAGAAAGUGGUCAUUCCUGCAAGUAGCACACCCAUGGAUAAACGGAAGGAAGUGGCCAUUCCUGCAAGUAGCAUGUCCAUUACAAGGAGGUAUAAACGGAAGGAAGUGGACAUUCCUUCAAGUAGCAUGUCCAUUUCAGGGUUCUCUAGUCUUAGAGAGAAAAGUGAUGAUAGGGUUGAAGAUGCAAAUCCAUUCAAGGCCAAGGCAUUCUCAGUCCCUUGUAAAAAGAAGCAACGUGCCGGGUCAUCUAAACAGGAUGUUGUGUACACGGAUCCCAUCCUGCAAGAUUUUCUAAAGAAACAGAACGCAUACUUUAAAAUGAUUGAUGAAUUUGAACUCUUAGAAGAGGAGGUUGAAUCGCUUAGUGAUAGCUAGAAAAGUGGUAAGGUGAUUGAUGAACUUGAACUGUCAAAGAAAGCGCUUAUAUACUUGAUAACCGGGAAAGUGGCAUAGAUGUAAGUAAGUAUAAAUAGCAGCUUGGAUAUUUUUUUUAGUGGGAGGUUGUAUAGCUGUGAUAUGAUUGUAUUUUUUCACAAUGUAUUACUUACUACCUUAGUGUCACAUCUCUGACCAAAUAAGUAAAUGUAAGUUCUAAUAGUUAAUAGUUUUGGUACUUGCAAAGUGAAGUGAAAUUUGGUUAACACUUACAGGUCAA